AUGAUGGCGCCUCAGACUCGUAACCGCUCGGACGAAUUCCGCUCCAUGCUGGCAAUCCUGUAUGCAAGCGUAGUCGUAUCGGUGGCGCUGCAGCUGUACCGCCUCUUGAUGCUGAUGGGAAGUGUUCACGCGCAUGGGCUGAACCUCCGCUCGCCCAAGCAAGAAAAGGUCGAGACAUAUCCACAAGAGGCGCUCUUCGGGUACGACUGGUACGUCUGGCGCUUCAUGCUGCCCUUCAUGUGGCGUGCCGACACAGCACUCCCCUCGCGGCUGUACGAGGCGACCAUCGGUCGACGCACACUCGAGGUGGGACCCGGCUCAGCCUACUUCCCACGCCGCUCCGACGCGCAACUCUGCUACGACCUGCUCGACGUCAACCCCGUCCACCUCCACUAUACUCAUACGCGUCUCGAACGUCUCUGGGUCCAAAUCGCCCGAGAGAUCUUCCAACAUAGGCUGGUUCCAAGCCUGCCCGCGCCCCGACGCUUUUCCCCCGACAAAGAGGCUCGCGGCCGAUACUACCAGUCUCGAACAGCUCGACCGUGUGCUGGCCGCCAACGACGUACACCAGCUGUACGAUACGCUCAUCGCCAACCUCGUGAUCCACUGCAUCCCCUACGCGCCGGGUACCGACCUCGCCAACGCGGUACUGACAGGGCCAAGAUCAAGAUGUCGGCGAUCCUAACGGGCAUGGCCCGCCUGGUCACCGUGGGAGGCUCUCUGAUCGGCUGCACUGUGCUCGGGCCGAGAUGCAACGACUGGACGCAUCCAAGCGAGGCGUCGGAAGCCGCUGCGGUCCAGGCCAGCGCCAUGCUGCGUCGCAUCAAGAUCUUUGUCAACGAGUACGACUCGCUCGAUGCCUUUGUAUAUGGCGCAAAGACCGCCGCGCUCGACAUUCGUAUGGCGCGCGUCACGGGCAACCUGCUUACGUUCCAUCUCGUCAAGAGUUGA